UCAAACUCCGGUUCGCGUAUUCUAAAUAUUUUAGGAGUGAGAUAAAAGUGAAUGAAGCCAGAUAGAGUUGAGUUUAAAAAAAAUGUGUUUUCCAUCUCUAAAGCACUCCAGUCGUGUUUUAUUGCAAUAAUCAAAAAGUUAUUUUGAGGCAGGGAUUUGCGUUGUGAUCAGACGCUCACAAGUUAUAUGUAAAGUUGCUUGGAAGAAACUCCGAUUCGAGCAGGUGGAGCAUCAAUUCGGACACGUUAAAAGGGGACUUGGGUCUUCUUUUGGGAUAUAAUUGUUGCCAGCAUUUGUAUCCUGCUGGUCUGCGUUAUUCCAUUGAUAGGUCCUACGUGUAACGCGCAACAGUUAUUUAUUUGAAGGACAUUUCCAAAACAAAAGGCGGCAUUUUGUUUACCUUUCACCUGUCAUUGUAUCCUAAAGACUGAAAAUGUCUGCUGAAAGAUAUUCAACUUUGGAUGAACCGUCGCUUCGGAAUCUGCUGGAUGGGACGAUGGACCUGGAUGAGCGACGGCUGAUCCGUUCAGCCAUCAGAGAGCUGAGGAGGAGAGAGAUAGAGGACAUGGAGGCAGCCCUGGCCAGCAAACGCUUCCGGCCCAAACACCUCAACCAGAAUGAUGACAAAGAGAACCAACUCACAAAUAGGUCAGAUUCGGGUGACUCCCUAAACGUGCUCGCUGUGAAACUACAAACCAUCCAGGACAUUGAGGAACUGACUGGACUGCUACGCGGGGCCACUGCAUAUGAGGAGAGGAAACUGAUCAGAGCUGCCAUCCGCCGCCUCCGAGACGAGGAGCAGCAGGGUACGGGGCAGAAAUGGUGGACCACUGGCCGAUGCCUGGAGUCUGAGGGCCUGGAUCUCCAAAACAGCCUGGGAGCAGGGGACACAGAGAGCGAGAGCCUUGGCGAGCGAGAGAGAAUCAAGUCACAGAUCCGGGAGCUGCGCAGCCACCAGACGCAGCAGGGCAGAGAGCUGCAGAGGACAGGCUCCAACUCAGGCAUGGUUCUGGUUCUGGACCCCCUGGUGAGGGAGGAGGUCUCGGGGCCUCUGCUGACCCGCCCAAAGAUCUGGGACCCUGUGACAUCAUCAGAGCUGGACGUGGUCCUGUCCCACAGCCAGCGCUCUGACUCGACAGCCUCGGACCGCAGCCAGGCCUCCAGGCCCCGUCUGGACUCUGGAGCCUCAGAGAAGAGCCUAGGUCUGGGCUCAGCCUUCCGGACCAGGGUGGACUCAGGAGCGUCAGAAAAGAGCCUAGGUCUGGGCUCAGCCUUCCGGACCAGGGUGGACUCAGGAGCGUCAGAAAAGAGCCUGGGUCUGGGCUCAGCCUUCCGGACCAGGGUGGACUCAGGAGCGUCAGAAAAGAGCCUGGGUCUGGGCUCAGCCUUCAGGACCAAGGUGGACUCGGGAGCAUCAGACAGAAGCCAGUGUUCAGUCCACAGAGGCAGAUUGGACUCUGGGGCUUCCGAGUCCCGCAUCAGACCGAGACUGGACUCUGGCACGUCAGACUCCAGCGUGGGACCACCAGCCCCUUUAGGCUCUGAGACCUCUGACAGCGCGGGGCUGCUGUCACGGAAACGGCUGGACUCUGGGACGUCUGACCUGAGCGUGAGUGUGUCUUCUGUGGGACGGGGCCGAGUGGAGGAGCCAGAGGUGACCAUGAGUAGCUCCUCCUCCAGCACAGACUCAGAGGCUGAGAGCACCAACCACCUUUCAGCCCAACCCCGCCUAGACCGCUCCUCUACCAACCGUGAUCAGCCUGAUCGGGCCGUCCUAUCCAGAAAAGCCUCAGGCUCCCACAGUGGCCUGCUCAAUGGCAGUUCCAAGGGGAGAGGAGACAUCCAGGAACAGAAGGUCAGAGAUACUUUAUUCACUACUCUCAGCAAAGCAAAGGAUGCAGUGCCUGAGAAGAAGGAGACGGUUGUCUUGGCCCCGUUUGGCCGGGUUAACUCUGUGCGGGACCGUAUGCGUAAGUUCACAGAGCCCAGCCCCAGUCCCAGUGACCCGUUCCUGAAGAGGGGCUCUCAGUCUCUGAGGAACGGGACAGCCCCCAGUGCCCGAGUCCUAGGCAGAGCCACCGAGCUGAGUGAGGGGCGAGCAGCAGGGCCAGCCAACCAAACAGCAGGGACCACAGCAGUAUCCAUCAGCACCCCUACAGACAGGCACGGGAGACCGCAUGUAGGUUCUACAUCCUACUCUUCAUCCUCCUCUUCCUCAGAGAACCUUGUCCAAUGCAAGGGCACAAUUCAGUCAGGAGGCGUGGCCACCAAAGAUCUGCAAACCGCUGCUCAAUCCAUGAGCACUGUAGGCGGGGCGAAGCAGCCGGCUGAAAAGCUGCUGCACUCCUCGGGCAUCUCAAUGGAAGACAAGACCCCAGGGAGCCAGGGAGAGGCAGACCCCGACAUGAAGACCUUCCUAACUAUCGAGAUCAAAGAUGGACGCACCAUCAGCACCUCCUCCUCCUCCUCUUCCUCUUCCUCUAGAGGCAACCUGGCCUCCAUGACCCCCAUGGCCCCACGCAUCACCACCAACGCCAUGGGACAGAGAGCAGAGUUGACCAUGGGUCUGAUAGCGACCCCCUUCAAGAUCUCCUCCUCCAGCCUCACUUCCGGAUCCUCCUUCAAGUUGGAGACAGAGCCUGUGAUGGCCUCAGAGCCAGUGUUUGAAGUGGAGCCCUCGGUGCAGGUGGCAUGCUUUCAGUCCCCGGCUACAGUACCCAACGGCUCCUCUGCAGCUCGGGCCAAAGUCGAAGAACGGUCCGGAAAACUGACUGCAGAACAGCUGGCUGCCAUCGACGAUGAGGAGCUCCUGGAUAAAAUGCUGGAUGAGUCCAAGGACUUUGAGGAGAGGAAGAUGAUCCGACAAGCCAUGAGAGAUCUGCGUAAGAGGAAGAGAGAGGCCAUACUGGGAUGUACACAGGAGGAAAUAGACCAAAGAGAAAAGGAGAGAGAGGUUCGUCUUGUGGAGCUUCGGCAGCAGAGAGAAGAUCGUGCUCAGAAGGGUCGUACGGGAGGAGGAGGAGCUGAAGAGGUGGUGAUGAGGAAGGUGGAGAAGUCAGCUGAUGGCGCCACCCUCAGCCAAGUCACCAAGACAAACCACUUCGCCCAGUCUGGUGAUGGCAGCAGGACAGCUCACAGCACCAUCAUGGAGGCCAGUUAUGUGAAGAAAACAGACAUGGGGACAGUCCAGUCCAAGUCCUACAGCUACUCCUCCUCUACCUCUUCCAGUUCCAGCUCCGCCAGGAAAGUGGGCAGUGUGUUUGACCGUGAGGAUGACUCGGCUUCCCGUGCUGCGGAGCGCCGGCAGGCAGAGAAACGUAAGGAGCUGAUGAGAGCCCAAAGUCUGCCCAAGACGUCCGCCGCACAGUCCCGCAAAGCCAUGAUCGAGAAGUUGGAGAAGGAGAGCGGAGGGCCAGGGAAUAAAGCGGUUGCCAAGGUGAACACGGUCCAGCGCUCCGCUAGCUGUGUGGUGCCCAAUGCCAACUCCAUCAAACAGAUGCUGCUGGACUGGUGCCGCGCCAAGACCCGCUCAUACGAGAAUGUGGACAUCCAGAACUUCUCGUCCAGUUGGAGUGAUGGCAUGGCGUUCUGUGCCCUGGUGCAUAACUUCUUCCCAGAGGCCUUUGACUACUCCUCUCUCACCCCUGCCAACCGCAGACACAACUUUGAGGUGGCCUUCAGCACUGCAGAGGAAUGUGCCAACUGCAUGCCCCUGCUGGAGGUGGAGGACAUGAUGAUCAUGGGGAGGAAGCCUGACUCCAAGUGUGUGUUCACCUACGUGCAGUCACUGGUCAACCACCUGCGCAGGCACGAGAUGAAACUUGCCAAGGCCUUGGCCAAACUCCAGGGCACCGACUUCUGAUCUGCCCCUGUGCUCACAGUGUGGCCUUCCCCAUCGCACCACUACACAGUACCCCUCCUGUCCUCCUGAGCCCUGUCCCUCAACACCACCCCUGUCCCAACAGGCUGACAGCAGCCCAGACUCUGAGUGAGAGGUGUUACUGAUUUGCACAUCUCUGAUGGCCAACGGUGGAAGAGUGUUUGUGUAGGUGUGUGUAUCUGUCUAAUGAUUAUCUUUGUUGACGGUGGUGGCAUGUCAGACAGAUAAAUUCCCCCCCGCUGGACACACAUUUGUUCAGGCUGUGCGACCCUUCCCGAAGGAGAACUCCAAAGUUUUCAUAAUAGAGAAUCUUUUUAAGCUUUAAUUGAUAUGUUAUACUGAAAUGUAGUUGUAGUCUAUCAGUAGGCAAUUAUAUUCAUGCUUUGGAAGUCCCUGAAGAUAUGGCACCAACAAAACCCUACAUUAAAUGUACAUGAGGAAAAUAUGAAUUGUAUUGUACUCCUUCACCCACCUUAAUGCCUACAUUGUAAGAUGUUACUCAAGCUGUUGGUGAAGAAAAAUAAUCUGAUAUAUGAUGCAUCUGUUUAUAUUCCUUCAGUCCACACUGGUACUGUUUAAGGUGUUAACGACUGUGCAUGCUUUUUAAAACACAUCUACUUGAAUUGUUUUAAAUAGUCCUUAUUAUUCCUA